AUGAUUCGUGGUGUAUCAGUAUUCUCAAUAGUAAAUCAUAGAUGCAUGGUUAUAGUUGUCAAAGAGUUUGAAAUGGAUUUCCCUGACGAUGUGAAAAAAUAUGGCUGUUGCACAUUAAACCCCAGUGGUUCAGUGGUAACUAGUAAACAAACACCAGUUCAUCAAAAAGCAUUUUAA